GUACUGUACCAGCUUAUAUUUAUUCAUUUAUGUAUUUUAGUAAUAGUUUAUUCUGCUAUCGUUCAUCGAUACGAAUAGAAUAAUAAAAUGGUAACGCGUGUAGUGGGUUACAUUGGCGUUUGCCAAUUUUCACCUCGACCUUGUCCAUACAUCAGAGUCCCUCAUUGGUUUUCCCCAUAUGAGUAAAAUUGUGUUGCAGAAGUCGUGUUUCCCUCGUGGUCUUUUCUAAGAAUAGACGCACAACGGUCAUAUUUUCUGUUUCGAUCGUAACGAAAACACAGACAAACAGUCCGACAGUUUUGCGAUAUUCUAAAUCAGUUAUAUGGAGACGCGGAAAGAGAAUCGAGCGGUGUCAGCCCGAUUUUGGUUUUAGAUGGCUCGCACGCGAACCCCACUUAAAACCCCCUUCACCUUCGUCGACCGCGAUCGGCGCGCGCGAAUACGCGAAAGAGGGGAAAAUUUCAACCGCGAACUCGAGAAGUUCGUUAUCGUCACGUAUAACGCCUGACAAUACUAUUUCACCAUCUUGGCUAAAAUCGGGGGACUUUACCACCUACUAUCUUGUCUACUUCUCCACCCGAUCUCCAGCCGCCACCUUUCUCUCUGUCUCUCUCUCUCUCUCUCUCUCUCUCUCUCUCUCCACUCAAGCCCGCGAUCACCGCCACCAUCGUCGAUCUGAAAAAGGAGGUGAACGCGCGCGAGAGAGUACUAUUGGGUAAAGAAUUGGGGCAGGAGCCAAUGGUAAGGAGCGCGAGGUGGAGCGAUAGGUUUUAAAUAAGUGUGCAGGAUCCGUGCGUGGAUACGAGAGGAAAAGUUGGCGGUGACCGAUACCGCGGUGGCAUCGCUGGAAUUAAAAUUUGGGUGAUAAGAGUGUGGGGGCCCAUUGUGCGGCGGGUAAUAGCAACAACCUGCCCGACACUUACUCCGUCCGUUCGUUGUGGUGGUAGUUUCCUACCUGGGGGGAUACACACGAGCGGUGUGAAACGUACCGAGAGGAGUGACGGUCCUGCUGAUAGAGCGGCGAGCACAAAGUACGUCUCAGUCGACGCUGAGCCAGCAGUGCCUCGGCAGGUCCGUUCAAGACGGUAGAGAGUUCUGAGAGAGUCUACGAUCUCGUUUACCGUUUCCCCCUUUUUUUUUACCAUUCGGUACUCUUGGUAAGAGGACGGCAUGAGGUCCUACGGUCAUCGGGCACUCGUCGUGCUCGCGAUAGUGCUCGUCCACAUGACCGGCACGUUCUCCGUACGCGACACAACCAAGCAAGCAACUAGGAACACCAGAAGGAGCGAUCAAUCAACAGCCGCGGAUCAGUCAGUGUCGUCUUCCUUCUGGAGUCCAACUCUCAAAACUGAUGUCUUCUCUCAGGACAACAGCGCAACUUUUUUCCCAACAGCCCAUGGCUUGGUGCAAACUCAUCCAACCAGUGGUGUGUUUCGUAGUGGUUUCGGCGGAAUUGACAAUCUUGGUAGUCGGGGAGUAACGAUGAGGCCACCGAGGACACGACCUCUCGAUUAUAAUGAGCGCGCUACCGCCGAAUUGCGCCGAAAUCCAUCACUCUCAUCACCCGAUGAGUGCGCUCGAGCCUGCCGUGAAAAUGAGCCCCCUAGAAUAUGCUAUUAUCACUUCACACUUGAAUAUUACACCGUACUUGGCGCAGCGUGUCAGGUAUGCACACCAAAUGCAACCAACACCAUAUGGAGCGACUGUCAGUGUGUCUUGGCGGAUGGAGUAGAGCGAGGUAUCUUGACCGCAAACAGGAUGAUCCCUGGACCGAGCAUUCAAGUGUGCCAGGGUGACAAAGUCGUUGUGGACGUAGAAAAUCAUAUGGAAGGAAUGGAAGCCACGAUUCACUGGCACGGCGUGUGGCAAAGAGGAACUCCGUAUUACGAUGGUGUACCUUACGUGACACAGUGUCCUAUUCAAGAGGGUAACACGUUCAGAUAUCAAUGGAUAGCCGGAAAUGAAGGUACACAUUUUUGGCAUGCUCACACUGGCAUGCAAAAGAUAGAUGGUCUUUAUGGAAGCAUAGUAAUCCGACAGCCACCGAGCAAGGACCCUAAUAGCAAUCUGUACGACUAUGAUUUAACCACACAUGUGAUACUCAUCAGUGAUUGGUUCCAUGAGAGCGCUGUUGAGCGUUAUCCUGGCCGCCUUGCAGUUAAUACCGGUCAAGCACCUGAAAGCGUGCUGAUUAAUGGAAAAGGUCAAUUUAGGGAUCCUAACACCGGUUUUAUGACAAAUACGCCUUUGGAAGUAUUCACAAUAACUCCAGGCCGUCGAUAUCGAUUCCGAUUGAUCAAUUCGUAUGGAUCAGUAUGCCCCUCCCAAAUCACGAUCGAGGGUCAUACUCUCACAGUUAUUGCUACCGAUGGUGAAGCAGUUCAUCCAGUACAAGUGAACACUAUAAUUUCAUUCUCAGGUGAACGUUAUGAUUUCGUCAUAAAUGCCGAUCAACCUGCUGGUGCUUAUUGGAUCCAACUUCGUUCGCUUGGAGAAUGCGGAAUCCCACGAGCCCAACAGUUAGCUAUCUUGCGAUAUGCUCGCGGUCCUUAUCAACCAUCUACCGCACCACCUACGUAUGACUUCGGUCUACCACAGGGCAUUGUCCUGAAUCCUCUGGAUGCUAUUUGCAACCGACCGCGCGAGGAUGCGAUUUGCGUGAGCCAAUUGAAAAACGCCCGCCACAUCGAUCAGGGUAUCCUGCAGCAACGCCCUGACGUGAAGAUCUUCCUACCGUUCCGCUUCCUGUUCUACAGACCAGAAGAGGUCUUCCAGCCGCAGACCUACAAUCGCUUCCUCGUUGCGCCGACCGGCGAUCACGUGAUUUCUCUCGUGGAUGAGAUCUCGUUUACGUUCCCGCCGGCGCCUCCGCUCUCGCAGAUCGAUGACAUCCCACCUGAACAAUUCUGUAACGGUGAUAACAGACCGGCUGAUUGCGGCGCCAAUUGCAUGUGCACGCAUCAGGUCGACAUACCACAUAACGCAAUCGUCGAGGUGGUUCUCGUAGACGAAGUACAACAACCCAAUCUGUCUCAUCCCUUCCACUUGCACGGAUACGCGUUUAAUGUGGUUGGUAUUGGGCGUUCUCCCGACAGGAACGUAAAGAAAAUCAAUUUGAAACACGCCCUCGAUCUCGAUAAGCGAGGUCUUCUGCACAGACAGUUUAACUUACCCCCCGCUAAGGACACUAUCGCUGUUCCCAACAAUGGUUAUGUCAUCUUCCGUUUCCGCGCGGACAAUCCAGGAUACUGGCUAUUCCAUUGCCACUUUUUGUUCCACAUACUGAUUGGCAUGAACCUGAUUCUGCACGUGGGAACGCACGGGGAUCUGCCGCCGAUACCGCCGAACUUCCCGACCUGCGGUGACCAUUUGCCACCCAUCACACCACCGCUAUCUUUAAGCGGAUUCCACUGAUACGCAAUCUGAUGCAUGAGCGACGAGCUCAAAAACUGAGAGGGAGUGACGCUCCAAAGUCCAUACAAUACUUGUAGCAUAUUUCUGUAAAGUAGCGAGUCUGUAAUAUUGAUUUUUUUUUCCCAACUACGCCAACCUCGUCGGCUGUUCUCGAGAGCUGUACUCUCGGCUCGAAACGGCGUUCAAUCGAAUAGAGAAUCCAACGGAUGUCAAUCUGUUGCCUCACGAGAAUGGCUGAGUGUAAAGAAGACAAAGUCAGAUGUCGAAAUGGCUCGCGAGGCAACGGGUUAACAAAAGGCGACUGACGUCCCGCUGGGCGUCGCGAAACGAUGAAUGUUCUCAGAGAUGACUCUAACGUUGAAAGGUAACGUUAGCGGUAGUUGAUAAUUUAUUGUGUUCCAGAUGCUUCACCCAUCACUGUCAUUUAUGCUACGCGUCCUCCUUGUUAUCCUUUCUUGUCGGAAAACUCGCAGUCGUUCGCAUUUCACGUAAAAUUCAGUUUAUAACCAUCUAUUUCGCUCUAUAAAACAUAUCGCGAAAAAUAUUCUUUAGACAACGGUUCAAAAAUAUCUGGAUUUUUAGGCCGUACUCGUAAUACUGCGAGCCCGCAAAUCCUGAUGUGGCGAGUGAAGCAUCUCAGCUGGAAACGUACAAAUGUUAUCGACUAACAUUUGUAACGCUCUGUAAAUAAUGUAGAAAUAGUCACUAUACUUAACGAGAUAUUAAUGUGGGAGUAACGGGGUAAAUAGCGUAAGAAGGGCAUCGCUGAAAAAUCGUGAUGAUGAUUCGAGCGGUGGAUUAUCACUAGGAUAAACGCCCUUCCAGCAGGCUGGAUCUGUACGAUCACGGAAUCCAUUUUCAAACUUAUUUAAUAUUGCUACAUCCUUUAAAAAGAUUACUUAUAAAAAUAAAAUUAAUUUUUCCUUUAGAUCAACAUUUAUUUAAACUAAUAAUAUUUGACUCUUUAUUAACUACAGAUUAUUCGAUUCUAUUUUCAUUGAUUGACUUAUUAUUUUAACCAUUUUUGCAUUUUUGAUUACAUCAUCAAAUGCUUUACCUUGUUCAUUAUUUGAAACUAGAGAAAAUAUAAUAACUUUGAGAGGAAGAACUUAACGAUGCGAUUGAUCGUAAUUGCGAGUUUGAUGAUGAGUUUCCCUCGACAGAUUCAGACUUCUAAAACAGCCUCUUAGUUAGAAAGUGAAUUCGCGCUUGUGCCGCGAACAGCCGGAAAUUGCGCGUUUUGUUUUUCUUCUGUUGGCCUAAAAUUACAUCGAAUUAUUCAAAGUAUCGAAAUAACGUCGGCGUGAUUAACGAAAUUAUACAUUUCAAACAUAUUGUCUAAAACCGUAUCACUAACCGUAUCACUAAUGAUUAGCGUUCUUCUCAGCAUAUAUCGAUAUAUUAAGACGCUAUUUAUUUUUUUCACUCUUUGUUUAUGUUGUUAACUUUCGAAAUCCGGCAACAUCCCGAAUUGAUCUGUCUUAAAGACACGCGUAGAUACAGGCUGAUACGUUAUCAUUAGUAUAUCGCGCUAUGCAUACGGCGCAACAAUAGUACUGUACGUUUAUUCAUGGUGCCUCCAUUUUCUAUGGAAAAUACGUUUAUGCGCAACUCACAAUUAACGCUUACAUUGUUCGGUCAUAUAUACAGUAUACAGAUGUAGAGACAUUACACUUAGAUACACGAGAUAAUCGCACACGUGCGUGUGUCGUGCCUUAUAUCUGUAUAGAUAAAAUUCCUCAUACAUAUUUCGUUAAAUACGUCAGGAUCACCGAGACACGAAACACUCAAUAGCGUAAACGUGGAAUAAUUUGUUAAUAUCAUGUAACUCGAUGGCUUGAUGCGAAAGAGAUGUAAGUGUGGAUUAUUUAAUUUUUUAGUUGGUAUUGCUAAGAGAAGAAAAAUCUAUUUUUCAUUUAUUAUAAAAAUAAAGGAAUAUAGAAAAAAAUAAUGUAGCCAUUUAACAUAACGAUAUUUUUUCAUAAAACGUAGUAGUUGGAAUGUCAAGAAAUAUAUAAUCUUACAUCGCGUAUACAUCAAAUCUUCUAUUUGUUAGUGCAAAAAUAUCAACUAAAAAAUUAUAUUUUUUUUUAUAAAAUGUAAUCCUUUUACAUUAAACUAUCGAAUUAUGCAGAAUGUCUGUUGUUACUUUCUCAAGUCGGCCGUUCGCUUUCUCAUCUCGGCAAAGGAGAACAUUCUUGGAAUUAAGAAGCAUGAUUUAGAGAUCGUACAAAAGCCGACGCGAAUCCACGAUGUGAGAGCGAAAGAUGUAUCUUGAGUCAAAGCAGUCGACUUCAGAGACUGUGGCAGUACGUCGAUCUAUUUGACUAGAUUCGGUUAAAACGGCUUUGUGGGAUAGCAAAUAUACGCUGUUUUUAAACUAUAAUCUUUUUACUUUUAGUAGGAAAUAAUUUGAAAGAGAUAUCAAGGAGAAACGUACCUGCCGUUAAAUUAAAUUAAAUGUGCUACGAGCAUAUGUUGAUUCUGCGUUUUCUCGUGAGCGAAUUUGUUGGAAAUUCACUUAUGCAACGGUGAACAGCGAAAUUUCAUCGUCGACGAUCAAUCAUGAUUCAUCAUUUACAGGCAAUGAGGAAUGCAGGAUAAUUAAAUUGAGCUAAUUCAUCUUCAGUACAGGGAUAAUCAUAAUAUACGUAUUGUUAUGUACAUUAAGGCUAAUCAGGUUAAUUUCAACAUCGAUACAUGACGCUUUCAAUGAUGAGUAAUUAAUUAUGAUUAAAACAAUAAUUAAUUAUUAGAUAUUAUAAGGUUAUGGAAAAGCAAUAAUGGUCAAUUUUAUUAUUUGAAAAUGUCAUACAUAGGAUGGUGAUAAUUAAAUAUUAAUUAAAUUUUUAAAGGUAGCUAAAUAGCUAUAUGUAAAAUAAUAUUGAUUAUUUUAUAAAUUAAAUGUUUAUUCCUUGAUGUGCAAUCCUUAAGUUGUUCUCAUUUUUACUAUAGAAAUUUUUCAUGCAUUUAGAGUAAUUUUUAAUAAUAGUUUCUAAAAAUAAAAAUCCAAAUUAAACAUUUUAUCUUAAAUAUUCAUGCAAAUUGUUUUCUAAGUAAAUUUUAUAUUCCUUCUAAGUAAAUUGUUAUCUAAUUCGAAAAUCUGUAAUUUUAAAAGCGUUGCAAUAACAAAAAUUAAUCAUUGUUAAGCAUUAUUAAUUAAUUAAAAUUGAUUAUUAUCAUUUAUCAACUCUUCGAGCAGAUAUAUUGAUUGUUGUAAAUAUUGUAAUACUGAAAAUUGUCCAGUAUUCCCGUAGCUAGUAAUAUCAGUUUUUUCCCCAUUUCCGUGUAAUUAAACCCGUAUAAAUAUUGUCAGUUACCAUCCGCAUAAGCAUAUGAGUUUUCGUGUUUUAUAAUAUAAAAUUUAAGCGAGAGUUAUAUAUUCGUAUACAUGUAGGGGCACAUGCAAACCUACUAAUGCGGAUUAUUUAAUCGUAUUUUACUAUAAAAAUGUAUUUUUAAUAAUAAAUCGUUUUUCAAAAUAU